UAUGGUUGUCCGUCGCGAUCGUAGCGAUGUGUGAAUUGUGAUUGAAACAUUGAAGAGAAACUGAAGAUGUAUUUGGUUUUGGUUUUGCUAGUUUUUUAAAUUAGUUUUGGAAUACCAUUUGAUUGCAAACAGUUUUAAUAAAACGUAAUUCUGGUUGGCGUAAAAAGAAAGAAACGUGGUUAUGCUCGAAGCAUGCCGUCGACGUCGCGGUCGCGGGGCUCAGGGCGCGGGCCUGACAGCGUGCCACGGAUUCAAGUCAUAGCGCCCAUGUCGGAGCGGCAACAAUUGGCUCUGGUGAUGCAAAUCUCAUCUCAGGAUGCCCCCCCAGCCGCUCCGACACCAGAUGAAGAACGAAAACGUUCUAGACAGCAGAGAAAUGAACGUGGAGAAACGCCUCUACAUGUAGCAUCCAUCAGGGGAGAUCAUGACCAAGUUAAAAAACUUCUCGACCAGGGUCAAGAUCCGAACAUUCCUGAUUUUGCUGGUUGGACAGCAUUACAUGAAGCGUGUAGCUAUGGUUGGCUGCAAGUGGUAACUGUGCUUGUUGAUGGUGGUGCAAAUGUCAAUGCGAAAGGCCUGGAUGAUGAUACACCACUGCACGAUGCCACAACAUCAGGCAACUUACAGAUGGUGAAAUAUCUUAUAGAACAUGGAGCAGAUCCAUUUCUUAAGAACUUAAAGGGUAAAACCCCACUUGACUAUGCAGCGCCUCAUAUUUUUGAAUAUCUACAAUCGCUAAAGGAUAACGCGAGAGCUGCCCACACCGGUAGAUCGAGGGAUGACAGCAUCAAAAAAGGCUGCAAUGCAAAUGCAAACAGCAACUUUAACAAGCGAAGUAACAUGGAGAGCCUAGCGCUGGGCGAACAUUUUGAGAGCAAGGAAGCCACCUCUCAAGAAAAAGGCAAUAAUCUUGUAGAAAAUAAAGAUGAUGGAGCUCAGGUGAGUAGUGGAGUAGUGUCAUCGACGCAGGACGAAGUUGGCUCAGGAUCGAAGAGGUCAUACAUAGAAGAUGGUCAAGAGGCUGAGGCGACAGAGGAUGAUGUCUCCAAGAAGAAAAAAAGAAAGGAAAAUGAGGAAAAGGAGCCAAUGGCAAAACCUGCUCCCGUAGCAAGAAGUGGUACUGGACGCAAACCGCCGGGUCCAGCGAGCAAGACUGGUGCAACACCACUGGGCAAAGGUGGAUCAGCUCAGACCAAGGGAGUCGGUGGUUCCUCAUCAGGGAAGGGUGUACAGGCGCAGGGAAAGGGCAGUGGCGCGACUAAAGCAAAUGCACAAAGUACACAUCAGGGUAAAUCAACAGCGAAGGGUGUUUCGAGUUCGCAGGCAAGUAAACAAGAUAGAAAAAGCCCAGUAGCAAGUCCGAAACUGAAUCAGGCUAAAGACCAUGAUGACGGUGAAGAGCAAAAGAGCCUGGAGGCUAACGCGCCUAAAGUACCACCUCUCAAGAUUGUCAUACCAGGAGGAGCAAGCGGGUCUGGUGGUCGCAAUGAACAAGAAGAAGGUGGCACUGGUCAAAGGGGAAGCGGUAAGGGUCGAGGAGGAGCUUCAACGUUGCCCUACGUGAUACCGUGUACCAGCACUGAUACGGGGCAAACAUCUGACAGCUCUGACGGCAUCUGUGAAGAUAAAAGAACUGGAGACACCGGCAAAGCAGGGCAAAGAGUACUUCGCUCCCACAGAACGAAUGACGGUGAUAAAGAUAAAGGGAGGAGUUCUCCGACAGGGGCGGAGAAUCGCUCGGGACAGAAUCAGGCUUUGAGUUCCAACAAAAGUCCGCCGCCCUCUGGACACGACGGUGAGCAUGCAACGUCUACUUCAUCUGGUUCGGGUGGGAGAUCUGAAUCAGCUCCAGGACCAUCUGUAGAGUUACACCCGAGGAAGCGUAAGAUAAAGUCCUCCAAGGAGAGCCACUCGCGGGAAUCGAAGAAUGAACAAGUGCCCGAUAGCACUACCCACAGUAUCACCCACUCUAACCCCUAUCAGAUGUACAUACACAUACGGAAGCAGAUUGAGCGACGUCAGAAAAGCUUGUUUCCAGUAAAACCCAAACCGCCGAAAGAUUUUAAUAAAUAUCUUAUGAAUCGCUGCACAUAUACGCUCCAGAAUAAUGUCAACCCUGAACCACAAGUAGAAAUACCAAUUAAUUUGCCAUCACAAAUGGUGAAUGAGUUUUUGGCUCAAGAAAAAGAAAGGACCCGUUUACGAAUUCAACAUUUAGUUGAAAAAGAGAAGCUUGUUUUGGCCGUUGAGCAAGAAAUACUGAGAGUACACGGGCGUGCCGAACGUGCUGUAGCUAACCAAGCUCUUCCAUUUUCGGUGUGUACCAUACUUCGAGAUAAAGAAGUGUACAACAUUCUGGCUCCAGAUCAAGAAGAAAAACGUAACGCUCAGCGUUCCCGGUGUAAUGGACGACAGAUCAACUCGUGGCUGCAAGAGGUCGAUGAUAAGUGGGAAAAGAUAAAGGAAGGAAUGCUUCGGCGUCAACAUACUGAGGCAGAAACGUUGCAUGCUGUACAAAUGAUGGGAUGGGAAUGGAAGCUAAAAGAACAUGGCUUGUGCGAUUACAAGACCACGCCAAAGAUCGACCCCACUCACGUUCCACAAAUACACGUGUCAAAUUUUGACUUGCCCGCUUGAAUUUUAAGUUCAUAUUGCCUGUGUUUAUGUAAGGCUAGCACAAUUCGUGUGCCGGCAUAACUCUUUAAGUUUUGUCAUUCGAACGAUCUCUUAGCACUUAUUAUAACAUCGAUUGGUAAUACGACUCAAGCGGAGCUACAAAAUUGGAUUAUAUUUCUAAAUUUUUCGACCGUCGUCGAACCUUUCUAAGGACUCUCUUAUUACCCCGUUAUUUGGUUCCAGUUGACUCUAUACUCCCAAACUUUUACCAACUAAUUAAAACAAGGAGAAUCAACUGUCACCAAAACAUGGUUAAAUUUUACCUUUAAUUUCCAUUUAUUGAUCUGACGAAAAUGCAGAUAAUUUUUUGUACCAUUGGUAAUCUUCUGAUGUCACAAUCACAUUAAUAAUAAGUAAAGGUACUUUUGAUUUAAAAAAUUUGUAUAUGUAUAUAUUGACUGUACUUUUAUUCUC